AUGGCAGAGAAGUUUGAAAAGGGUAAGAAAACAUCUGUUCCUAAUGAUAGCUACUUAAAAUGGCUUGAUUCAAUUGAAAACAAUUCGGUGAUGGCAGCCUCAGUCAUCUAUCAUUCAAACAACUACAAGAAAUUGGUUCUAGGUCGGAAGCCUCAGGUCGACCAUUCAUUUGGAUCAUCAAAGAAUUGGCUUAUUCACAAGAAGUUGAAAAAUGGUCAAAAUCUUGUCCCAUCAUCCAUUGAAGAAUUCUUGAUUCACUAUGGGUGGAAUUCGACCGUGGAAGGAAUAUGUUCUCGAGUAACAAUGAUAAGAUGUCCACUGUUUGCUGUGCAAUUUUUCACUGAAGAGUUGGUGGUUAAUGUUUUGCGAACUGGUGUUAGGAUUGGAGUUGAGACGUGCACGGAAUCCGGGGAGGUUGAGAAUAUUUUGGUGACAAGAAAACAAGUAAAAGUUACAAUUGAUAAGCUGUUCGAUGAAGGAGAAGAGGUAGAGGAAAGGAGAAACAGGGCAAAGAAGCUGAGUGAACUGGCAAAACAUGCAGUUCAAGAAGGGGUUAUUCUUACAAGAAUAUCAAAUUGUUGA